AAGCCGCAAAAUCUCGGGACGCUUUAUUCCAUUUUCGAGCCAAAAACAAAAUUCUUUUAUUCUGUUCCUCCGCUAAACCUCACGUCCGUUGAGAAAACCUCCCAAGCGUAUUGCAUGUAAUCUAAAUCGAGAUCAAAAAGAAGAAGAAAAUGAACAUUUUCAACAAGAAAGCUAAUCCUAGAGAGGUUCUUCGAGAGAGCAAGAGAGAAAUGCAACAUGCUACUAGAGGCGUAGAGAAGGAAAUUGCAGCACUCCAAUCAGAGGAAAAGAAGCUUGUCACUGAGAUAAAAAGAACAGCUAAGACAGGAAAUGAGGCAGCAACUAAAAUUCUAGCCCGGCAACUAGUCAGGCUUAGGCAACAAAUAGCUAACUUACAAGGCAGUCGUGCUCAAAUGAGAGGCAUAGCUACUCAUACGCAGGCAAUGCAUGCCCAAUCUUCAGUUGCUGUUGGUUUGAAAGGUGCCACAAAGGCAAUGGCAUCUAUGAAUAAGCAAAUGACUCCUGCAAAGCAAGCUAAGGUUAUAAGGGAAUUUCAGAAGCAGUCAGCACAGAUGGAUAUGACUACAGAAAUGAUGUCAGAAGCCAUAGAUGAUGCCUUGGAUGACGAUGAGGCUGAAGAGGAGACUGAUGAGUUGACAAAUCAAGUGCUCGAUGAAAUUGGUGUUGAUGUUGCCUCACAGUUGUCAACAGCACCAAAAGGUAAAAUUGCCGGGAAGAAUAAAGAGGAUGUCAGCAGUUCGGGCAUUGAUGAGCUUGAGAAGAGGUUGGCAGCUCUGAGAAACCCUUGAAAAGCUGAUUGAAAGUCCAAGUUGUUUAUCCUACUGACCAGAGCUCCACCCUUUAACUUGAUUCUUGGAAGCCUUUUAUACUGUAGAUUAUUCUAUUCUACAUCUGUGUUUCCCUAUCUUGUAGUGAUUUUUACCCCUUCUGUAACAACCUGUUUCAUUUGAUCAGUCUGUGCCAUGUCAUUUAUGCCCUCUCUUCUAUCAAGAAUCAGAAUUAGAGCUAAUAAUGAAAAUAGUAGAUAAUUGUUAUUUGGCAUUGAGAAGACGCCAACAGAAAUGAAGAAAGAGAAGUGUACACUAUUUUCUGCACAGCUUCGUAUGUCCUUGAGAAAAAAAAAAGGUUUAUUUUAUUUUAUUGUUUA